AUGUCCAACAUCACAGAGACCAUCUCCGCGAACCUCGACUCGAGGAAUAUCUCCCCCAGGGCUGUCGGCUCCCAGGUCGCGCUUAUGAGCGCAAUAUCCGUGGGAACCGUGCUCGUCUUCAACAUCCUCAGGCCGAACAACAAGGUCAUCUACGAACCCAAGGUCAAGUACCAUGAAGGCGACAAGACCCCUCCGCGAAUCUCCAGUGGCAUCUUUGGCUGGGUCUCGCCAUUGCUACACACAAAGGAGCCCGAACUCGUCGACAAGAUCGGUCUCGAUGCCGCCACCUUCCUCCGUUUCCUGCGCAUGAUGCGCUGGAUAUUCACCGGCAUCGCCCUCAGCACCUGCGCCGUCCUCCUGCCCAUCAACAUCACCUACAACCUGCGCUCCGUUGAAUCGUCCGACCGUGAUGUGCUGAGCAUGCUCACGAUCCGGAACGUCGGCGGCUACUGGCUCUUCGCGCACGUCGCCAUGGUCUACGUCAUCACGCUCAUCGUCUUCGCCGGCAUCUGGCUGCACUGGCGCUCCAUGGUCCGCUUGCGGCGCGCGUUCUUCCGCUCGCCGGAGUACGUGCAGAGCUUCUAUGCCCGCACACUGGCCGUCACGCAGGUGCCGAAGAAGUACCAGUCCGACGAGGGCGUGCGUGCCUUGUUCGAGAGCAUCAACGCCCCGUACCCGACCACGAGCGUGCACAUCGGUCGCCGAGUCGGGAUCCUGCCCGCGCUGAUUGAUCAUCACAACGACACGGUCCGCAAGUUCGAGCAGGUGCUCGUGCACUACCUCAAGGGCGGCAAGAUCCGCAAGGAGCGCCCCACCAUCCGCAUCGGCGGCUUCCUCGGCAUGGGCGGCAAGAAGUACGACGCGAUCGAUUAUUACACGGAGAAGUUGCGGGAGACGGAGGCGAAGGUCGAGGCGUACCGCGCGCAGAUGGAUACGCGCAAGCCCGAGAACUACGGGUUCGCGUCGAUGGCCGCUGUUCCGUACGCGCAUAUCGUCGCGCACCAGCUGCGUCGCAAGAAGGCCAAGGGCGCUAUCAUCGCGCUCGCGCCGAACCCAAAGGACAUCAUCUGGGAGAACAUGAACCGCACGCCCGGCGAGAUCACCUCGCGCCGCACGAUGGGCUGGUUCUGGAUGGUCGUCGUCUCCUUCCUCAACACCGUCCCGCUCUUCGUCGUGUCCAUCGUGGCCAACUUGACGUCCAUCGCGCAAUACGUCACGUUCCUCGAGAAAUGGCAGAGCGCGAGCCCGAACAGCUUCGCGUUCGUCUCCGGUGUGGCUCCCCCGGCCAUCUCUGCCAUAUUCGGCUUCUUCUUACCCAGGUUGAUGCGCGCGAUCAGCGAGUACCAGGGCGCGCUCACGCAUUCGCGCCUGGACCGCGCGAUCGUCGCGCGCUACUUCGCCUUCCUCGUCAUAUCUCAGCUCGUCAUCUUCACGCUCAUCGGCGUGGGCUUCAACGCCGUCUCGCAGAUCGUGUCCGAGAUCGGGAAGCACAAGUCCUUCCAGGACAUCAUCAACUCGCUCGACACGCUCCCGGCCACGAUCAACGCGACGUACAUCGACCAGAGCUCGUACUGGCUGACGUUCUUCCCGCUCCGCGGCUUCCUCGUCAUCUUCGACCUCGCGCAGAUCCUCAACCUCGUCUGGAUCUCGUUCAAGACGCACGUGCUCGGCCGCACGCCGCGCGACCACCGCGAGUACACGCGCCCGCAGGACUUCGAGUACGCGACGUACUACGCGAAUCUGCUGUUCAUGGGCACCGUGGGCCUGGCGUUUGCGCCCUUAGCGCCGCUCGUGGCGGUCGCGUCGGCGAUCGUGUUCUGGAUGUCGAGCUGGGUGUACAAGUACCAGCUCAUGUUCGUGUUUAUCACGCAUGUCGAGACUGGAGGAAGGCUGUGGAACCCGGUCGUCAACCGGUUGUUGUUUGGCUUGAUGAUGAUGACUGCGCUUAUGGUGCUUACGAUCGGGCUGCAGUAUGGGUGGCAGAGCUAUGCGUGGGUGGCGACCAUUCCGCCGUUUGUUAUGGUUAUUCUGUUCAAGAUCUAUAUCAACCGGGUCUUCCACCACCGCUUCAGGUACUACACGCCCACCGAGGACGAGCUCCGCGUCGCCAAGAUCCACUCCGAGCGCGCAGAUAUCAAAGGCAACCGUCUCGAGAAGCGCUUCGGGCACCCCGCUCUCCACGCCGAGCUCUUCACGCCCAUGCUGCACGCCAACAUGAUGCCCCUCCUCGCGGAAGUCUACCACGGCAAGAUCGCGCGCCCGGGCACGACCAAACUCGAAGAGUACGGCGGGCAGGAGCUCCAGGCGCAGGUCAUGCCUGGCGGCCUGCGGAUCGCCGCGGUGUCCCAAGGCGACCUGGAGUACGACCCCGCGCUCUUCAGACGCGACCGCGGCGAGCUCGACUGGGACCAGCGCUCUAUCGCCACCACGGCCGUCCUGGGCAAGGGCGGCGCGGACAACGCGAGCCUGUACACGACGAAGCAGCCGUUCGGCGGGCGCGAGCAGUACCUCGCGCACGGGCCAGGCGCGUCCGAGAUCGAGCUCACGCGGUUCGAUAACGAUAAGAUCCCGCUGUUGCCGCCGACGCUCGCGUAUAACCAGAGCUCGGCGAGCUUGCCGGGGUACCCGCCGUCGAGGACGGGGACGCCGACGCCGCGGUUGGAUCCGGACGAGCUGUUACCGCCGCCUGGACCGCCGCCGGGGCCGUAUCAGGCGUACGCCAGUCAGAGCAAUGUGGAUCUGGGGAGCUAUCAGCAGUAUCCGCCGGGCGUGUAUCAGCCGGCGUAUGAGAGGGAGGCGCCGAUGCAUAGGCCGCAGGG